GCCUCGGAGUGUGUUGCAUAUCUGACAUUUCUCUCUCAAACUCCAACCGGCUCUGUUCUCAUCUGGAAGCAAAGAAGAGAAGACAAGAGAAGAGAAGAGAAAAGAGAGAAGAGAGAAGAGAAGCUCUCACCUUCAGACCUCCUGAUUUCACCAGUCUGUCCAGCCUCAGUAACUCUCCACUCAGCGGGAACAGGCCCGGCAGCCUGACUGAAUUCUCCCCUCUCUUCAUCCACGCCCAUCAAAAUCUAACCGGUCCACCGUCACCAUGGAGCGCGUGCAGCACAUGACCAAGUCGGCCAUCCGCCGAGCAUCUCAGAUCGAGGUGACCCCGCAGGCCAAGAGGAACCUGCAGGAGCUGUUCGUCAACUUCACCCUCAUCCUCAUCUGUCUGCUCCUCAUUUACAUCAUCGUCCUGCUGAGCAGCUGAGAGAGACGGAGCCACAGAGAGAGAGUUCGGCGAGGUUGUACUGUGGAAACGGCUUCAGAUGAUACUUGGGUUUUACUCAUACACACACACAUCAGAUUUCUACGAAAGCAAUAAUGUCCCCCCCCUUUGUAUCAGCCCAACUCUGUUUGAUAACAGAGAUCACCAGCCUCCAUGGGAAAGCAAUAUGACAAGACAUCCUGUACGACAAUGUCUCCAGUAAUAAUAUGUGCAAUGUGUGUGAUACUGAAAUAUCAAUACAUCACUUUUGUUUAACGUCCACUUCCCAUGAUCCCUUAUUGCUUCCUGCAACCAACACCUCCACUGUUAGACCGUAGAAAGACAUGGAUGCAGUGAUACUAAGUUUCUCUGUUUUAAAAACAGAGUCAUUUUACAACUGGAGCAGGACUAUAGUGUGUGGAGGGACAUGAAACUGAAAGUUUAACAUACUGCAUCUACACAAGAUCAUACGUGAACUAUGACUCCCAGUGUGCAUUUCACACAGGAGAGGUUAAUAUCACACUGUUAAGAAAACUUACUAUAUAAUUUAUUAUACAACUCGCAGCUUGUUUUUGGAUAAAAUCAGUACCUUUGUUGUUAAUUUGUCGCUGCUCUGAUUCGCACCUCUUCGUGAAGCAACAGCCGCCAUGACUCAUGGGUGUUGUUGAGUUCGGAGCCAUCUGCACUGCCGAACAA